UGGCGCGCGCCCUGCCCACCUGUUUUCCUUGUGGUCCUCUCUGAAGACGUGUAGGAGCUGUUCUGUGAUUGGCUGAUGUUGUUUGGGGGGGACAACGUCACACAUGAGCGGACCUAAAUAAGCUGACAGGACCAGACGACGGGUUUGUCUUUGCAUUUCCAUCCCUCUGUAGGAGCCAUGGGAAACCCCCGUGUUUUCUUUGACAUCACCAUCGAUGGCGCGAGCGCAGGCAGGAUUACAAUGGAGCUGCGAGCUGAUGUGGUCCCGAAGACCGCAGAAAACUUCCGUGCUCUGUGCACUGGAGAGAAAGGCUUUGGUUACAAAGGCUCCACCUUCCACCGGAUCAUCCCCAAAUUCAUGUGCCAGGGGGGUGACUUUACCAACCAUGAUGGAACUGGAGGCAAAUCCAUCUAUGGGGAGAAGUUCCCUGAUGAGAACUUCCAGUUAAAACACAAAGGAAUGGGAACUCUGUCCAUGGCAAAUGCGGGGCGCAACACCAACGGGUCUCAGUUCUUCAUCUGCACGGCCUCCACUGACUGGCUGAAUGGGAAGCACGUGGUGUUCGGCAGCGUUGUGGAGGGAAUAGAUGUUGUCAAGGCGAUGGAGAAGCAGGGCUCAAAGAGCGGCUCUCCUAAAGCUGAGGUUGUGAUUGCUGACUGUGGUGAGUUAAAAUAGAGCAGCUCAGCUUCAGCCCGCCCUCCUGUCCGCGAAAAAACAACAACUUUAGGAAAACUGCUUCUUCCUCCUUUCAGCUCCUUCUGUGUUGAUGCCUGUUCUGUAAUGUUUUGUACCUUAUAUAAUCUUUCCUUAGAGGAUAUGUAUUAACAAAAUCUGUGUGGAAAUCAUUGAUGGUGUAAAUAAAACUUGAAAAACGUGA